AUGUUGGAAUCAAGCAUUUCCUUCAUCAAAUCCUCCGUGCCGGUAUAUCACAAUGCUGUCAAGUCGAUCAUCUUCAAAUGCGCCGAGUUGCUUAUGGGUAUCUUUAUCUACAAGCUCUUCUCGUUGAUCGCAGCCCGCUCGAACCAGUUCACGUCUUAUCUUAUGUUCACUGAAGAUUACAUUCAGCGCACCCUCUAUAUAUCGUCGCGCGGUCUAUCACGAGCAGGCCUCGUCGUCCUUGCCUUUAGUCUUCUGAACAUCGUUUUGUCACUCUAUGGCACGCUUCUCUGGGCGUUGGAUGCUCCUGGUUACAUAUUCAAAGCUACGGAGGCGACGAUCGCCGACUACGCGGACCAGAGGAACGACAAUCCACCAUACAUCGUUCAGAUGUCUUUAGAUCCAUCUACUAUCGACGAUACCACACAAAGGCUAUCGCAGAUUAUUGGAUCUGACCUCUUUCAUCCUGGACUGAAUUACACUUUGACUGGUAAAGUCUCCAACAAAAACGGCGCACCAGAAGUCGUUCCACAGACAGGACCUACCAAUUCUGGUGCUCGGAUCUGGCUUGACGAUGAUGGUCUCUCUGUCUCUAUCGACGUCAGUCUCAUUUAUUCUGCCAAUCCAUCACUCGACGACGAGAGUUAUGUUGUGAACACCACAACCGGGAGCGAUUAUAAUGUUUGGGAAAACACAUUCGACAAUGUCUUCUCAACUGAAUUUAUUGCAACUGUCGCUGGAAAGCCCGAGGUACACUGGGACACCGCUUCAGAUAGGAUAGCUGACUCCAGAUACAUCCUGCCCAACAGAUACGACAACAUCUGGUUUUCCUUUGGUGGAGGUGGUGGCUCAGGGCUCAUGAACCAGGUCUUCACGGUAACCAAAGGCAAGAGACGUCACACUUUCUUCCAGUCUACAUUCAAAACGACCAUGCUCACGACCGCUGGAGUCGACGUUGCCAAGGAAGAAGUCUCAGAUCUUGUAGAACGUGCUGGGCAUCUUGAUCAGGAUGACAAAAUGCUCCUUUCCUCCGGCCGCAUCGUCGAUAACAUGAUGAAUGCUCAAAGAAAAAACAUGAGUUACCACUAUGGUCUCAACACAGUCUCGAACAACAAACGAUCUACUCUACAGAAUACAUGGGGGUUUUACACAUUGACGAGCAACGGCAGAUCCAUGUUUUCACUCAUCCGUAUAACGAGUACGAACAUGACCCUCAUUCGAUCAGAGAAUAUUUCGAAAGCGCCAGAGCCACAGGAGAAAUGUCAGCUAGCAAACUCUCAGGACGAAGCUUAUGGUGGCCAGCCCGGCCGAUCCGACUGCUUUGGUCACGAGGCAGUGGACGAUCCCAGAUUCUUCGGCCUCGUCGACACUGCUGCGGUGAUGGUCGCCCAUGAUCUCGGCGAUGGCCGAUCUAACCUCAGUUCUGAGUCACUCGACAACAAUGCCUUGACCUGGAUCCGGGACAAUGCGCACACUAUGGAGUCGCUUCUGGUUUCUAGAGCGUACAGUGUCGGCAUCGAUCCAUCUCUUGUGUAUAUCAGCGUGGAGAAACUCAUUGUCGCCGUGUCCUAUCUCCAGCUGGCUCUCAGCUGUCUGGCCCUACUCAUGGCUAUUGUCUUAUGGCUUGCUCUUAUGAUCUUCGCCGAUGCCCACUGGGCCAGCUCACUCUUGGCCAAUCUGAUCCACACCACAACUGAGACGGGCGGUGCAAAGCCUGGGUACAUGAUGCGUGAUCCCAGCGUGACCUUGCAACCCAUGGGAAAGAGAAAGCUUCUGGCAGUGAAGGGAGGACAGGUCACUCUGUGUUCUCCUCCCUCUGUUUAUGGGGAACAGACAACUGGUUAUGUUGAUGAAACUAAGAAUCAUAUGACAGCGGAGGGUUAUCCUGUGAAUUACGUACAACCUCACAAUGGAGAAGAAAGGCUGAUGGCUGGAUAUGAACGACCACAGGCGUGA